AUGGCGCACUCCAAGCGCAACACCUCGCUCCCGCAUUUCACAUCUUACGAACGCGGCCUCCUCCGCGAAUCAUGGGGCAGCAAAUCCCGAGCCAUUGGCCGUGACAGCUUCCUCUCAUUCGGCAGCUGUCGACUAUGCCUGCAGCCCGCCCGAUCACCCGUCGCUUGCGGCACCAAUGGCGAUCUCUUCUGCCGGGAGUGCGCUAUGAAUGAUCUACUCGCGCAAAGACAGGAAAUCAAGCGACUGGAGCGCGAGCGCGACGAGGCCCGCAAGCGAAUUGCCGAAGAUGAGGAGCGGGCGCUGGGAGAAGCUCGAGCGCGUGAUCUAAAGGACUUUGAGAUGGUUUCUAUGGGAUUGGAGGCUAAGGCUCAUAUGGCUGGGCAGGACAGCAAGAGGGCCAAGGCGGAGGCAUUGGAGGCUACGGGUGGAGGUGCGAAGAAGAGGAAGGUGGAGGAUGAGGCGAUUGAGAAGUUUGGGGAGAGAGAGGUGUUUGUUGAUGGCAAGAAGAGGAAGGUCUUUGAGCUUGGAUUUGAGGAGAUGGCUAGGGUCGCGGCGGAAGAGAAGGAGAGGUUGAAGAAGGAGGUCAAAGAUGCUAAGAAUGGUUCCAAAUCUGCACUGCCUUCGUUCUGGGUUCCAUCACUGACGCCGGGCACUGAUGCGGAUGAGAUCACGGCCAACAAGGCAGUCAAAUUGACACCAAUCUGUCCUGGGUCCACGGACGAGUCUCGACAUGCGUAUUCGCUGAAAUCGCUGGUUGAUGUGCAUUUCACCGAGGAGAAAGCAACUGAUGGGACAGUGUCGAGGGUGUGUCCAAGCUGCAAGAAGAAUCUGAGCAAUGGGCUCAAAGCAAUCCUCACAAAACCCUGCGGUCAUGUCAUUUGCUCGCCAUGUGUGACAAAAUUCAUGACUCCACAUGAAACUCAUGUCCCCGAUCCACAUGCUUCAAAGGAAGAACAGGAGAAGAAUGCUGCAUCGCAUGGAGUGGUGCUCUGCUAUGUGUGUGAGACUGAUGUUACGACCCGGCCGAAAGAGAACGGCACCGGGACUAGUAAGAAGUCUAAGAAGAAGGAUAAGGAUUCUGUCCUGCCCGGUCUUGUAGAAAUCAGUUCCGAGGGGACUGGCUUUGCAGGCAAAGGUGGGAACAUGGGCAAGAAAACUGGCGUUGCAUUCCAGUGCUGA